GUGGGAUAUCGUAUGGUCCGAAACCAAUGGCUGCCACCACGGCUUCUCAUCCCAAGAUAACGAACGGCGUCGGAAUCGGUCCUCGAGUCAGACUCGGUUGCUCCUGCUUAACUCAUCGACCGGCGUCCGCCUCAUCAACGAUCACUCCUACUCUCCCCCGCAUUCCCCAUGGCCUCCUCACCCUCAAACGUGGUUCCACCAGUCGGCGUGCUGUUCGAGGCGACUUAGUUGCUUCAUUCGCCACUCGCCGCCGUGCUUCGCCUCCGUCGCUUACGACCUCCGCCGCUCUCUCCACUGAGGAACUGGCGCAGACUAGCUCUUCAGGGAAAAGUGUUGAGAAUCUAGUAAUCAUAGGGUCAGGACCUGCUGGAUAUACUGCUGCAAUUUACGCAGCUCGAGCAAACUUGAAGCCCGUGGUGUUUGAAGGAUACCAAGUAGGUGGCGUUCCAGGGGGUCAGUUGAUGACCACUACAGAUGUAGAAAACUUUCCAGGUUUUCCAGAUGGAAUUACUGGUCCAGACUUGAUGGACAGGAUGCGACGGCAAGCUGAACGUUGGGGAGCUGAAUUGUAUCAGGAAGAUGUGGAAUUUGUAGAUGUAAAGAAUGCUCCUUUUACUGUCCAAAGUAGUGAACGUAAGGUAAGGUGCCAUAGUAUCAUUUUUGCCACUGGAGCUACCGCAAAUAGACUUAGAAUACCCGGAGAAGAUGAAUUUUGGAGUAGAGGAAUUAGUGCAUGUGCAAUAUGUGAUGGAGCUUCACCACUCUUCAAAGGGCAAGUCCUUGCUGUGGUUGGAGGUGGUGAUACAGCUACUGAGGAAGCUAUAUACUUAACAAAGUACGCACGCCAUGUGCAUUUACUUGUACGCAGAGACCAUCUAAAAGCAUCAAAGGCAAUGCAAGAUAGAGUUUUCAACAAUCCAAACAUCACUGUGCAUUUCAACACAGAGACUGUGGAUGUGGUUAGCAACCCAAAAGGCCAGAUGUCAGGCAUUCUGGUUAGGAGAGUAGACACCCAAAAGGAAUCUGUGCUGGAGGCAAAGGGGUUGUUUUAUGGGAUAGGUCAUUCUCCAAAUAGUCAGCUGUUGGAAGGGCAAAUUAAACUUGAUAGCUCCGGUUAUAUAUUGGCCGAGAAGGGCACAACAAAAACCUCUGUUGAAGGUGUCUUUGCAGCUGGAGACGUGCAGGACCAUGAAUGGAGGCAGGCCAUUACUGCAGCGGGAUCAGGAUGUGUUGCUGCCCUAUCAGUUGAGAGAUACCUUACAAGCAACAAUCUUCUUGUUGAAUUCCACCAGAAACCAACCGAAGAGGUUAAAAAGGAUCUCACAGACCGAGAUGUCCAGGAAGGUUUUGAUAUCACACUUCCAAAACACAAGGGACAGUAUGCCUUACGGAAGCUGUAUCAUGAGAGCCCAAGACUCUUAUGUGUGUUGUACACCUCACCAACCUGUGGUCCCUGUCGGACAUUGAAACCUAUAAUCACCAAGGUUGUUGACGAAUUUGAGCAUGAUGUCCAUUUUGUUGAGAUUGAUAUCACCGAAGACCCAGAGAUUGCCGAGGCAGCCGAAAUUAUGGGGACACCAUGUGUGCACUUCUUCAAAAAUAAGGAGAUGCUCAAGACCCUAUCCGGAGUAAAGAUGAAGAGAGAAUACAGGGAAUUCAUUGAAGCCAAUAAAUAAGAAGACACCAAUUCUUUUGCAUUAUUAUAAUCUCACAUCAGCCCCCAAUAACUCUUCAUCCUUUACAUGUCCAUAGCAUGCCCAUGCUGUGUGGUAAAUGUGUGUGUUGUUGUAGCAUUACUCCAUUUUUAUCUUAUAAGAGAAACCAAACUCAAAGUGAGGUGGGGUUUGGCUCGAUUUGAUUUGGCUCCGUUAUAGAAGAUUGAAAUGCUUGAAUGGUGUUAUGUAACCAAACAACGAAGUCUAAAAUAGGUUUCGAACACGAGAGAUAGACAUAACACAAUGUUUAUCGUUGAGACAAAUCCAGAUUAAAUUUAUUAUUGAAAA